GAGACAAAAGAAAGAAAAAGUGAUCCGUGUAGAAGAUCAUUGCAACACAGUUUCGGGGAGGAGGACCUCUGACCAGCUGGGAGGACUGAAAGCUCCCACAGCAGAAAGUCAAUCGCUUUUCAUUCAGAGCGCAGGAAGGAAGUGGGCGCCUCUUGCAAGCAGAGUGAGUGCGCAACAAGUGUUCACUUUUUAAGGGCUACACCUUUUUUUUCGUCUUAGCAAAGUUGUUAGAACUAUUUGAGGACCACACUUUGACACUCAGCAGUCCAGAACAACCACAAUAACAACAACCACCCCCACAACAACACGAGCAACAUGUCAAAUCUCCGACCGAAGCGGUGCACUUUAGAGAAGGGUCCGGACGGCUACGGCUUCCAUCUGCACGGAGAGAAGGGGAAGACGGGCCAGUUCAUCCGGCUGGUAGAGCCCGACUCCCCGGCUGCGGCCGCCGGACUGCUCGCCGGCGACCGCCUUGUUUUCGUCAACGGGGAGAGUGUAGACGGGGCCAGCCACCAGCAAGUGGUCGCCAAGAUCCGGGUGACCGUGGGAGACCUGGAGCUGAUCGUCGUGGACGACGAGACCGCGGAGCUCCUGAAGAAACACGGCCUGAAGUGCCGCGUAGAGUAUGUGACGGAAGGCAUCCCCGUGCCCGGGGAGGACACCCAGAGCAACGGGACGUCCGCAGCGGGGUCUAGAGGGUCCAGCCCGGCCCCGCCAGAGAACGGAGAGAUCCCCCUGCACAGGCUGAGUGUUAGCUCCAAUAAGGAGGCGAGUGAAGGGCUUCGGCCGCGUCUGUGUCACAUGGCAAAGGGAGCCAACGGCUACGGCUUCAACCUGCACAGCGAAAAGUCCAAACCGGGCCAGUUCAUCCCCGUGGACGACCACUCCCCCGCCCAGAGGGCCGGCCUGCUGCGAGACAAGAUCCUGCAGGUGAACAGCAUGUCAGUAGCAGGCAUGCAGCAUGCGGAGGUGGUGGCCACCAUCAAAGCCGGGGGCGAGGAUACCUCCAUGCUGGUGGUGGACUCUGAGGCCGACGCCUACUUCACCAGCUGCAACGUCCUACCCACCGAGGAGCACCUGAGAGGUCCUCUUCCAGUACGCAAAUCACGUGACUCCACAGAUGGGGUCAACAGUAAGACAGCAGCUGACCUCAACCCGGCCUCGCCCUUGAGGCAUUCCUCGUCCAGCUCUUCCUCCUCCAACUCCUCCCUGCCAGCCACGACUCCAGCCGUCACCAUGGACGCCGUGCCAGCACCAGCGGGGGGUCUGAGCAUGUCCCUGGCCCAGGUCAAGGAGAGGGCCCACCAGAAACGCAUGGCCAAAAAGGCCCCCGCCAUGGACUGGAGCAAGAGGAACGAGCUCUUCAGCAACCUAUAGAUGAUGACCCACACUCCUUCAUUCUCCUCCCCUUCCUCCCCCUCUGCCUCCCACCCAUCCGUUCAGAGUGAUGAGAGGACAGCCCGAUCGCCCUUCCUCCCACUAUCUCGACCUAGCAGCUCUGUGCUAAUUAAGACACACCUGUCAUUUUAGACGAUUUCUAAAGAUAAUUUAAAAAUAUAUAUAAAAAAGGGUAGAAUGUGAAACAGUGUUAUUUUCCUGUAAUUUUUGUAUCAGAUAUCAUAUCAUAUGGAGGGCAUAUCAUAUCGUGUGGAGGGCUUACCACCUGUAUCUGUUUUUUAAAAAUAUGUUUUGAAUGUACUUUUUUCAAGAUGGAUAUUUUCAUUCUGAUUGUUGCGAAGAUUCUCACAAUACACAUUCCUUCAGUUGAGGGGGUCAAUUGAAUGUCAAUGGAGUCUAAGCCUGAAUCUAAGGCGCAGAUUGCAUACCUACUGAUUGUUCUAAAUCAAUAAUACAAUGCUUGUCUUGGUUUUCUUCUCUAAUUGGUGGCUAAGUAACUAGCGUGGAUCAAUGCACUUAAUACUUGCUUAUGUAGCCAAUUUGCACAUUUGUUUUGUUUAAUGACAAUGAUGGAAGUGUACUGCCUUUUUAAAUUAGACUUCCCGUACGGAACUAUUGUGAAAUAGGUUGAAGAGAGGAAUCCCGAUCUAGAAAAUGAAUUCCCGAAAACCUUUCAACAAGAUGGUAGAUUGGCGCAAUACGUUAUUUUGUUUUUAUUUUUUCCGUAUAUAUUUUAAUAUUCAAUCUUAUUCUGUACAUACAGUAAAUGAUUAAGUAAACUAAACUAAAAAGUGAAUGUGUGGGAGAGUAGCAGUGCUUGGGAUAUAAGCGUCUGCUCUGAAGGAGAACUUCUGUGUUCCAAGAGUGCUGUCACCUUACAUUGACAUGGAUUAAAAACGCAUCUUAAUUA